AUGAUCUGCCGCUGCGACCGCGCCUUCGACGACGGCGCGAACCAGCUCGAGUUCUUCGAGGGCUCGGGCCUCAUCGGCCUCCUCGACGCCGUGCUCCGGGGCUUCCGGUCCACGGCCUUUGCGUACGGACAGACCGGAGCCGGCAAGACGUACACGAUGGUCGGGGGCGGCGGUAGCUUCGGCGGGGGCCGGCGCGGCGGCGGCGCCUUCGAUAAUUUCGGCGGCGGCGCGGCGAGCGGGAGCCACGACGGCCUGCUGCCGCGGAGCGUGCGCCACCUCUUCGCGCGCAUGGCCGAGGACACGGAGAAGAAGUUCCGGGUCCGCGUGACCUGCGUCGAGGUCUACCGCGAGUCCGUGACGGAUCUGUUGACGCACCCGUCGAAGCGCAAGGCCCUGAACGUGCGCGAGCACCCGCAGUACGGCUUCUUCGUGGAGGGGUUGCGGGUGGCGGGCUGCGCGACGCCGCAGCGCGCGUGCGCGGUCGUCGCCCAGGCCCUGGCGAACCGCAAGGUCGGGAGCCACCAGCUCAACGAGCGGUCGUCGCGGAGCCACGCGCUCAUCACUUUGUACGUCGACGCGGAGAGCCCGCCGCGCGGCGGCGGCCGCGCGGCGCCGACGACGUACGGCUCCGUGACCUUCGUGGACCUCGCGGGCUCCGAGCGGCUCAAGGAGACGAAAUCCGCGGGCGCGUCCAUGGUCAAGGACGCGGGCCACAUCAACAAGUCGCUCUACACGCUCGGGAAGGUCAUCCGGGGUCUGGAGCUCAUGCACCGGUCCGCGAAGGCGCCCAACGUGCCCUACCGCGACUCGGCGCUGACGAAGCUCCUCAUCUCGUCCCUCGGCGGGUCCUGCAAGACGCUGAUGUUCGGCUGCGUGUCGUCGGCGUCGGGCAGCGCCGUCAACGAGACGCUGCGGACGCUCGACUUCGCGGCGCGCGUCCGCGGCAUCAAGAACCUCCCCAAGGUCCAGGUCAACAAGCACCAGAACCUCGUGGAGCAGCUCCAGGAGGAG